AAGCUAUAUAGUUCAUUGUCCACUUCGCCAAUUCCUCUGUCAUUAAUUUUUUUUCUUGAGAUUAAUCUUUAAUUCUUGCUAUUGAGUAUUGACUUGGAGUAAUGGUUGCUAAAUAUUCAUAGAUCCUCAGCUCUUGUCAAUAACAACCCCAGCCAAAAAGUAAACCCAGUUGAGAUUACCAUAAUGCCAUCCCGUCAAUUUCCACCACCUCCACUCCGCCACCAACACCACAGUCACUUCCGCCACCUUGUUCUGUUACUGGCCUGCGGGCUGACGGCGACUUUUUCCCUCCUCAUUCUCCUCGCUCUCUGCCUUCGUAAGUUCACCAAGAAACGCACUGCUCCUUCCUGUGACACUGAUUCCGAGAAAAUUCCAAUCAAACUCUCCUACUCCCUUCUCCGCCAUGCCACAAACAACUUCUCCCCCUUCCUCCUCCUCGGUCAAGGUGGGUUCGGCUCCGUAUACCGCGGCACUAUUAGGCAUACCCCAAUCUCCAAGAACAUGCCUUUCCACGUUGCGAUCAAGCUCAUGGACUCUGGGUCACUCCAAGGUGUGCGUGAGUUCCAAAAUGAAUUGUUUUUAUCCUCUAAAAUUAAUUCUCAAUACGUUGUUUCCGUGAUUGGGUUUUCGUCGAAUCCCAGAAAACGUCGAAUGCUUUUGGUUUAUGAGCUAAUGGAGAACGGCAGUUUGCAAGAUUUUAUUUUUCAACGAAAAAGUGGAGAGUUAAAAAACUGGGACAAGAGGUUUUUAAUCGCUUUGCAUAUAGCCAAGGGGCUUGAGUAUUUACAUCACUAUUGUGAUCCUCCAAUUAUUCAUGGUGAUGUUAAGCCGAGUAACAUUUUGUUGGAUGGGAGUUUUAAUGCGAAAAUUGCUGAUUUUGGGUUGGCUAGGUUGAAGUUGGAAGAGAAUAUUGAAGGCGAGGUGAAGGAGGAGGAUAAUUUGGGUAAUGGGGUGGAGGAUAUUGGAUCUGUAUUGGAGGAGACAGAGAGUGUUAUCACAGCCAGUGGGCUUGAGGAGUUCAAUAAUGCUAAACAUCAAGUGUGCGAGGAAAGGUCAGAGGAGGGUGCUUUUCUGCGGGUUGAGGCCUCACCAGAGGUAAUAAUCGGGGUGGAAUUGUCACCUAAGGCAGAGACGGCUCCUGUGAUGUCGCCGACAACAGUGGUUGCAAUGGCAUCACCAUCCGAGGGUUUGGAGACGGCGAGUGUAUCGGAGGAGAAAUUUGAUAAGGUUAGUAUUGAGAGUGAGGGAGAAAGGAACAUGUGGAAAAAGAAGAAUUUUACUGGGAAAAAUUGGUGGUGGAAGCAAGACAAUGGAGGAGAAGGGAAGUCAGGAAGGGUUAAGGAUUAUGUAAUGGAAUGGAUUGGGAAAGAAAUAAAGAAGGAGAGACCAAAGAGCGAGUGGGUUGGAGUGUCAUCAAGCGCAGGAGUGGUUGGGAAAUUGGACAAAAAACAGAAGAAGGAAAAGCAACUGGAUUGGUGGGUCUCUUUAGAUGACAACAAGAAUUUGAAGAAGGAUAAGAAGAGGAGGCCUGCAAGGGAGUGGUGGAAGGAAGAGUUUUGUGAGGAGCUCGAGAAGAAGAAUAAAAAAAAGAAAAAACAUUUGCAGGGUUCAAUGAGUGAUGAUUGUUAUAGUGGGAAUUGGGAGCCAAGAGACAAUCAAAUGUAUGCUGAUAGAAAGAAAAAAUAUAGGAGCAGGAGCAGGAGCAGGAGUAGAGGUAGUGUGGAUUGGUGGUUGGAUGGAUUCAGUGGCGAGCUUUGGAGAGUGUGGAGAAAUAGUUAUGAUUCCAUCAGUGGGGAGAUACCUAAGAGUGGUGGUAUUAGCAGCACACCAAGUAUGAGAGGAACUGUGUGCUAUGUUGCACCAGAGUAUGGUGGUGGGGUUGAUAUAUCUGAGAAAUGUGAUGUUUAUAGUUAUGGAGUUUUGUUGUUAGUUCUUAUUGCUGGACGUAGGCCACUUCAGGUGACAGGGUCACCCAUGUCAGAGUUCCAACGGGCCAAUCUUAUAUAUUGGGCACGUCACCUUGCCUGUACAGGGAAGCUUCUUGAUUUAGUUGAUCGGAAUAUUCAAUCUUUAAACGAAGAGCAAGCCCUGCUAUGCAUCACUGUGGCACUACUCUGCCUGCAGAAGUCACCUGUAUGCAGGCCUUCAAUGAAAGAGGUGGUGGGGAUGCUAUGUGGAGAUUUAGAAUCUCCACAGCUACCAGUUGAAUUUUCCCCGUCACCUCCCUCCCGCUUCCCGAUUAAGUUACGCAAGAAAUUUCGGAGAGCAUAGCAAAUUGAUGCACAAUUAUAUGCACCUACUUAUGGCUGGAGCCUACCGACAAUGCUGCAGUCAGAUACCCUUGCUUUAUGAUGCUUAUUCUGUUGGAUUUGAUUAGUGUUUAUGUUCUCUUCUGAGAGAUUGACAAUUGUUUAGAACCCAACAACAAAAUCUGUUGGUCAAAUAUAGAAAAAGAAGAGGUUAUUGCUCUUUUCUUCUCUCUUUCUUUUUUGCUAGAUCUCUUGCGAGGAAUUUAAGGAGCAACUUUGAAUUAUCAAGAAAACGAUUUGGGGAAGCUAGCAAGAAUUUUCUGAAAAAGUUAGCGAGGACUGAGGUCUAGGACAGUUUUGGUUAAAGCAUACAGAAGUGAGAGAAUGCGACAUUCCUACACUUCAUUGUCGUCCUGGAAAUUCCUAUACGAAAUUGAGGCAGGGCUUUUGAUGAUUCUGUUGCUCUUGGCUAUUUUUUUCGUUGUUUUAUCGCCAGCUUCACAUGCUUAUUUUUUCUGCUCAAUCAUGAAGCACCAAUUAAUAGAUCUUCAUUUUGUGGAUAAUGAUUGGUGAUCAUGAAGUUUCCCAUUUUUCAUUUAUUAAUUAUUUUUUUUGUAAGAUGGCACGGUUGCCUCUCGUUGUUGGGUUUCUUACAGCAAGUGUAAUUGUCAUAGGAUGCUGGGGGAUGGGGUGCAUAUUAUGUUUGCAAAUGUUGGUAUGACUUUAAAUCAAAUGCUCUUGAUCAAAGGUCAUAUUUGUGUCGUAAGAUGUAGGAACUGUUUUGUGUAUAAAGGAAUCUUUGGAUCGUAAUGAUAAGGUUGAAGCA